CUCUCGCGGUCAUUGUGAGGUUCUCAAAUUGCUUCUUUUGGAAGGCAUUGACACGGAAGCCCCAAAUUUCAGGGGCAGAACUGCGCUCUGGCUUGCGGCAGAGAAUGGACAACUUGAAGCCGCAAGCAUCUUGAUUGCCGGCCUAGCUAAGGUCAACGCGCGCGCUGAGAACCAAAUGACCCCGCUGCAUACUGCCGCAAAGGAGGGUCAUGAAGCCGUUGUUGAAUUUUUGGUUUCGAAUGGAGCCGAUCUGGAAGCCAGAGAUGGAACGAUGAUGACAGCACUGCACCACGCCUGCGAAGAAGGUCACAUGGGCGUGGUUGAGCUGCUUCUUACCCACAAGGCGGACAUCGAUGCGGUUGGAAGUGAUAACAGGACGCCACUUGUUUGUGCCGCAGCGAUGGGCCGGUUGCAGGUAACGCAGGCUCUGCUAAAGAGAAAGGCAUCCCCUAGACAGGUCGAUGAUGCUUCUAUGACAGCGUUACACUGGGCUGCUUACAAUGGACACACAGAAGUUGUUGACCUUCUUAGUCAAAAGAAAGACAUUCUCGCGGUGACCAACAUUGCUGGUCGGUCAGCUCUGCACUUGGCUGUCCUGAAUUCUAAAUUUGCCGUUGUGGAAUUACUCCUUCGCAAGCGUGUUCCAAUGGAAACGCAGUGCCGUUCCGGGUUUGCUCCACUUCACUAUGCUUGUAUAACUAAAACUGAUAAUACCGGAAUUGUGAAGCUCCUGCUCAUCUCGGGCGCCAAUAUAGAAGUGCAAACGAAGGACCAACAAAGGCCAAUUCAUCUCGCCGCAGCUCGCGGUUCCAUAGCAUUGCUUAACCUACUUUGUGACAAAGGCGCAUCUUUGAUAGCUCGAGAUGCUAUUGGAGACCGAGCGCUUUGUGCAGCAUGUCGGUAUGGACACACAGCUGCAGUUCAACAUCUCCUAGAUCGGGGUUCACCUCUAUCUUUACCGUACGACGAUAAGUUGCAGGAAGAUUCUCCUCUUUGUCUGGCCGCAAUGGGAGGUCACCUUCCCAUUGUAACGCUUCUGCUUCAGCGCGGCGCUUCCGUCCUGAAAAAGGACGAACAGGGAUGGCAGCCGUAUCAUCAUGCAGCACAUUACGGGCACCCAGAUGUUUUGCGACUCUUGCUGUCCUGCAGUCCCACGGGGUGGGUCAUGGAGGGAGCAAGUGAGGACUUUACGAUGGAAAGGAUUGGCUUUUCACCUUCUGCGGAUAUCUCGGAGGAAAAGAAGAAGGCGAUACAGGACUUAUUGAGCGAAUCACGGCGGCGACCAGUGGCAACGACCGAGAGCAUUCCGCCCGGAGUUCCUCCAUUUUUGGGUGAUGUGAUGCUGAGCACAAUGCCAACAAGGGGACAAAAUCGGCCUUCGGGGCUGGCUGGAAAUCAGUAUGUGCCGUUCACAGGACAAGUUCCAGUUAUUCAAGAGUUGCCCGGGACACUGGAACAGGGCCUGCCCCCCAGUCGAUCCACUACCCCGGAGCAGAUGCACCGUGAUACGAGGCCCCGCCGUGGCUCUGGCACUCUCUUGCAAGCUCUACCCGAGCAGGGCUCGCCAGAACAGCACAUUGCUACACCUCGCGCUCGGUAUCCUCAGGCUUUGGCAGAAAGACCGCAAAAUGAGGACUCGAAUUAUCAUUUGCAGGAAGGUGUAAACUCAGCAGCGGUUGGAGGCUCAGCGCUCAGCGAUUUACCUCCAGGCACCGUGUACCAUCUUUUAGAGGAAUGGUCCCAGCCAUGCUCAACAGCAUCCCCAGUGUCGAUGAUUAAUAAUCCUGUCUUGGAACCAUCAGCUGCAGUGAAACUAGCCCGAGAGGUCUCAUGUGAGGGCCCAGGUAGAGAAUCUGACGCAGAAUCAAUAUCGUCGGUAUACACUGCGCCAGAAGGAGUUGUGUAGCUAGCGACUUGGAAUGGACAUGGCGGAAAGCCCCCACAGUCAUGGAAACGAUUGUGUAAACUUUCAGCCCAUAGGGUUGAGUAAAUCAGUUGCAGACUAGACCGUGAGGGGAUGAUGUGAUCGGGGAAACCCGCAGAACGACGGCUAUGGCAAAUGGUAAACUACUAGUAGACGGCAUCCAUCUUCAUCCAUGAUGGGAUCGAUGACUCCUCGAUCUGUAGCACUUGACCUGGAAUCAGGCCGCAUUGCCCAAUAGGCUUGCAGCAUCCGGCAUGACUCACGGGCAAGUUCCCGGGACAAAAGAUGAUGAUGAAGAAAAAAACAAGGGGAAAAAGGGAAAGAGGAGUAGUCGGGGUAGUAGAGGAAUUCCAACCGAUAGAGAAUGACUUGAUGGACCUGGAAUGUCUCCAGCAGUUGUUCUCCGAGGUGUGUCACUUAUUCGCAAAGUGAAGAAAACCGACCAGUCUUUUCCCCCAAGAAAAGAGAGAGAGAGAGAGAGGGAAAUCUCACCUCUGGAGGAUCAUGUGGAAAGCUCGAGAAGUAAGGCGAUGGUUCAAGAUUCGAGCAGAAGAAAAUAAGCAGGCAGCAUGAAUCAAAAUGUUAGUCAUUGCUGCUGCGUUGCUUCAUUGCCGUGGAUGCCUUGAGGCAGACAUGGUUUGGCCCCGAGAGUAUAAAAACGACUCA